UGAAGACGCAGGUCCUCCCUUUCAUCAUGGCGACCAAGCUGCCUGGAGAUCAAGGCGCAUGGGAUGACAAGGUGAAGAUUGAAAAGGCUGAGAAUAAGACGAUACAUAAUAUCCCUCUCACCUCGGCUUCCACCAUAAGUGAUGAGCAGUACUUGAUGCUCCGGGUUCUGUGGAAAGAACACCAAUUUGAUAAACUGGACGUAGUGAAAUUUGGCCUCGGAGAAUGGAAUAGCCAAGCCGUUGAAAUGCUGAAGACAUAUUCGUCCUGGACCCAGUACUGCAACAGCUUCUCCAGCGAUGUUGAGAAUGAGGGGAUCUUUGCCUUGGCCCAGUUCUAUCAGAAGCAAGUCGCGCUAAUUCCCGACGACCUCCCAUUUCGGUCCAAUCUGAUCAUCAGUUCGGUUGCACAUCACAUCCGGAGUCGAAUGAGAGGCCUUGUGUCAGGCAUCCAGAAACUCUCGUUCGAGACACCGACCAAGCCACCCAGUACACCACCAAAUCCGCCAAGCACCCUAGGUCGUGGCUCGGAGGAAGAGCUCGAUGAUAGCACAUUUGAGGAGACCCCGCCGGGACAACGGUCAUACGGACCCAAAGAGCUUCUGGAUUUGAGCUAUCCGAGAACUAAGGAUGAGCAAAUCGUCAACACAGCGCUGGUGGAUCUCUUGAAUGCAUUCAUUAUCCCCUACAAACUGCCCGUCUACUGGACAUUGCACCGCAAGCAAUUCAUAGCGACGUUUGAAAACGGACACUUUGAAGCUCGCACAGACGGAUGCCUUGAAGACAGGAGAUCCGAGACAUACGCAAUCGUGGAGGUCAAGCCAAUGCUACGUGAAAGGGAAAGCAUUCGAAUUCAAAUGCAGGAGUCGGCAGAAAUGGUUGCCUGGAUCAAGUCUGACCCCGACCCUGAUGGAUUCUUAAGUAGUUGCGGUCUCCGUGUGCUUGUGUCGCAGGACAGACACGAAAUCUUUCUUACGUUUGCCGACUAUGGUUUUGACUAUGUGAAGUAUCUUAACAACACACUAGGACCGGAUGAAAAGCCCGGGUUUCUUACAAUGCAUCAAUUCGGGCCUUGGGAUACUACGAGGGGUGGUGACAUGAAACAGCUAGGCAGUAUUCUACUCGCACUUGCUCUGAGAGCUAGGGCAAACCAUGUGAAUAACUCAGGGGUGCAGGCAUCGGCAUCAUCAUCAUCAGUCGUUUCCGGAGGCCUGGAAGUUGAAGCGGUACGUCGUUUGUCUGCAAGUUGAUUUCAUGAAGACCGAUUAUGGGCAGAGGUGGUAAUGAGCACUUGGUGACAGUCCUGUGUGAUAUAAUUUCCC